AUGUCUUCCUCAUCGACACCGGGCGUUAAGCCGGAGAAGACCAUGUCUUCUCGUCUCCUGACGAUGAAGUUCAUGCAACGUGCUGCUGCUGAGAAGGCCACGCCGCAGUCUUCCGGUGAGACUUCCACUACGCCAACGAAGCGACAAAGACUAUCGACGGGGUCAGUGCAAAGCCCUUCGACGCCUCAGUCGGACAUGGACGCUGUCGCGGCCGCCCUGGCUGCCGAGGAGGAAAAGCGCAAGGAAGCUCUUGCGCGGCAGGCUGCAGAGUCGGGCGAUACGGAAUGGGUGCUCGACUAUGGCUUUGACGCACCUGCGCCGCAACCGUACGUCGUCGCCGACAGCUCGUUGGAUGCGGACGAUGAUAUGGUAUACGGUGGUCGGCAAGCCUACGGGAAUUACAAGCGAAAGAAGAAGAGCGCGGCCGGAGAACAAGAGGAUUCUGAUGAGGAUGAGGACAGCGAAGCUGACCCUAACGAUAUGGAAGCCAUGAUUAAGAAAGAAAAGAAGAAAGCUCUGAAGGAAAAGAACAAGCCUCAGCCCGUCAAGCUCUCGGCACUGACGAGUAUUUCCGGCGGACGCCAUGGAGGCGGAGGCGGAGGCGGCGACAAAAAGCAGAAGAAACGCAAGCACAAAUAA